GCUGCUGAAUCUAGAGCGGGAUGCGGUGAAUUGGGUCAACUGUAUGGUGGGCGGGAUUGGGUUCGUGUGUUUUAUCGUGGAUCUGGUGGUGUUAAUUCGCUUCAGCGACAAGGCAAAAGACAUCAAACGGUCAAUGAAACGCCUGCUAACCGUGGUAACCGACGAACGAGUGGAAAAACUAGUAGAGAAUUUUGUCCAGCGCUGCGAGAAUGAUGACGGUGUCAUAACCGGAAUGGGAUUCUUUCACGUCAACCGAGAUUAUGUUACGAUUGUCAUCGGGAUAAUUGCGACGUAUUUUCUACUGAUCUACCAGUCACGCGAUCAGAAACUGGAUCUUCGCACACUGCGCACAGUUAUCGAUCCGACAAACGCGAGCCAUUUAGCGUAGAGCAAUCUUCCUGCUGGUGUAUUAUUUUGGGUGACACACGGAUAUUUUGACAUCCGCUUAUAUCAAUAUGUCGUUGUUUUUGUUAUUGAUUUCCACGCUUUAGUAGCAGUACCUAUAUUUGCAAAAUUUAUUCGUUUAGUACAUAACGAGCGCUUCCCACAUUGAGGAAAUAAUGCAGAUUUCAUCGUUCAGGGUGAAUUCCACAUAAGGAAACCGAUAUUCGAAUGCGCAAACAACAUCUGUUCAAACAAUAAAACGAUGA